AUGUGGCCCUCCGAAUGCGAUCUGGAACCUCUGGAUUCAAUAAUCGAGCGAAUGAACCCGAUUCCCGGCUUUCCUUAUCCGAUGAAGUCUGCCAAGAACGAAGCAUUUCCGCGGAAUGUCGGGGAUCCGUGGAUCGGAGCGUACACGAAGAACGGCUACUGGUUCAAGUUGGAAUGGGCGGGAGAGGAGGAGUGGAAGGAGGUGAGCAUUCAAAGCAAUAGAUCUCAGCUGUCUGCAGAGAUAUUGAAAAAUUGUCAACUGAUAAAUUGUUCAUCAUGAAAUUGUGUACAUUUUAUCAGUUGACAACUUUUUGAUACCUUCACAGACAGCUGAGAUAUAACGUUUUUAAUGUUACAGAUUGCCAACGAGAUGUGGUAUCGCAAUGAGUUUCUGGUAGACUCUAAAAGCUUCGUUUUGUACGGAGAAGCCAUGGGUAAAGAUAAUUUGAAGCUUCUGGUGGCCAAAAACAUUCGUAAGUUGUCUUUUUGAGUAGGAAAUACAUCGAUUUUGUUGCAGGCGGGGAAGUGCUCGGGCUCGCACUGCUUGCCAGACACCCCUCUGCUCAAUUCUCGAUCAUCGGCGCUCUUUUCGUUCAGGAAGACUUUCGACACGUCGGAAUCGGAUCCAUUCUGACGAGGGAAGUGAAAAAGACGGAGAAGGGGGUGGCUUUCAAUGCGAGUCAGUUCUGAAUUUGAAAUUACUGUUUUUCACGUGCCACAUUUCCAGUUUUGUAUCUUCUUCCGACAGUGGUCAGAAUGCAUUUAGAAGCUAGAACCAUGAGAACAUUCGGAAGGAUUCGAGUCCAGAAUCCGAGUGGAUUCACUGCUUUGAAGGUACCGUCAACACUGCACCCCAAUACCGCUGUAUCUCAGCAGCCGGUAGAGAUAUCAAAAUUGUGUCAAUUGAUAAAAUGUUUCAAAUUUUCUAAUGAACAAUUUGUUAGUUGACAACUUUUUGAUAUCUCUGCAGGCAGCUGAGAUACAUUGCUUCCGACCUCUGCAAAAACAUUCAAUGGCAUUUAGGAAUCGAAAAACGGAAUAGUGUUGAAGUUUGGCAGCGAAAUCGAGUUGGAUGAGGAUUGGGAGAAAGUGAUCGAGUUCGGAGAGAGUUGUACCAACGAGAAGAGGAAUUGGAAGGCGUUUCUGGAAGAUGAGGAGGGAAGAACUCAAUUGGUGGCCGCUUUUGACGAGGUAGUGAUGAAACUGAAAACAUUUCAUUUGCGGGGGUAGAACUCCAAUACCGUUCAUUCAAAACGAUGUAUCUCAACAGUCGGUUGAGAUGGAAAAAAGUUGUCAACUGUUGAAAUGUUUACUAAGAAAUUAUAUACAUUUUAUUAGUUGACAACUUUUAGCUAUCUCUACCGACAGCUGAGAAUAUCCCAAUUCCAGAACGCGGCUUCGUGCGUCGUCGGCAUCUCAGUGCUCCGUGAAAUCCACAACGAAGACGGCCACAUUCCGGACCUGCUCGUGGCUCCGCUCUACGCAAAAUCCUCUAAAAUCGCGGAGGCUCUGCUCGCGAAGACUUUGAAGAAGCAUUAUGUAAACUUUUUCGUGCUUCUCAUCUUCUGAUUCCUCAUAUUCAUUUCAUAGAAUCCCGAAGACGACUACGAUUUCGACGUGGACCAUCUGGCGAUCUACCGUCGUUCCGUGCAGCUCUUCGUCUUCGCCGCUUCCGAAUCCGCCGUCUUUCCGCUUCUGAGAAAGUUGGCUGGAAUUGACGGAAGCAUGGAAAAGGAUCGUCUCACUUACCAGACUUGCUCGGAUUUCCAGCUCCCCGCCAUCUCGCAUGACAUGAUUUUCGCAAUUUCCGAUCCGAAUAUUUACACGUCCUGACCCGAAUGUGUCAAUAUUUUUGACUUUCCUUUCUUCUCAAAAUAAUCGCCUCCCAUCGUGUUGUUUCUACUCUGAAAUGUGCCUGGCGGACGGCUGAGCUAAUAAAAUGAUGGCCGGAUGGGUGGGGGAAUACAAAAAGGAGCCAGAUGAGCUCACGGAGCACAAAAACGACAUGUUUUCGCUUCUCAUUCUGUUUUUGGCUGAAAUUUCAGCACAAUCCACUUUUUCAGCGGGUUUUAGGUGUGAGAACGGAGAGAUUUCCGAGAUUGGCAAGUUGAAAUGGGAUAUUAUCGGCCGAAAUCAGUUUUUAGCGUGUAAAAAAGGUUGGUUCGGCACGGUUAGCUGUGAGAACAAGACGAUGACGUGUGAGCAGAAACUGUUUUGCUGUAAGUCCUUCUAAAAUCUAAAAUUCAUGCACUCCCCCACAGGUACACCAUCUUUGACAACUAGAAAAGGAGCGAGUACCCUGAAAUCGACGAGUACACGAUCGACAACUAGUACAGUUUCGUGGCAAAAUGAGUGCGAAAAGUGUGAUUUGGCCGCCCGUCACUCUUGUUUUAUCAGUCUCCACUUCCCGGGAAACUUGACGACCGAGUCUCCGAAUCCGGACUGUUUGGCGUGCGAAAACUGUUGUGAUGACGCGUUUCCGCACAAGUAAGUCCAUCGGCAAUGCAUUUUAAACAAGUUCUGAAAGCACAAUUCGCAUUACUUUUGUGAUUAUUGAAACCGAACUUUGGCAUUGACGUUAUAUCUCGGUUGCCGGCGAAGAUAUCAAAAAGUUUUCAACUGAUAAAAUGAUCCUCAUAAAAUUCUGUACAUUUUAUCAGUCGACAACUUUUUCAUAUCUCCACCGGCAGCUGAGAUACAUUGCCUGGUAUUAGGGUGCUCUUGUGAAUGGUGGCCGCGGCCUAGAAAUGUCCUAGGCCACGCAACUCUCCCAUAACCAAUACACAUUUCCGGGCAAAACAGUUUAAAUGAUCGCGUGAAAACGAUUCCAAGUGUACUUUUUCAGUUGAAACAGUUGAAAUUCAACAAAAACCAGUUUCAAGGUGACUAUAUUUGUUCUGAAAAUGAGAAAGUUUUCAUUUUAAAAAGUUCUUUUUAUUUUUCAAAAAUCACAUUUUCCAGGUGCGAAGUGUGGAAGAAUCAUGAUUUCUGUGAUUUGGAGUGGUAUUCGAAGGACAAGCGCCAGAUUUUGUGCGGCAAAACGUGUGGAAUUUGCCAAUAA